AUGUUUGACGGUAGCUUUAAGCCCGCGCGCAAGGUCAACCUUAGCGGCCGCAAGAAGCCCACGACGGGUUAUAGUGCGCACAUUGCCUCACUUUCAAGUUCAAAAAAUGGAGAUGUGCUUGCUGGUUCCAAGGAAGAGCUUAUGUUGCAAAACCGCUUGGCUAGGGAAGAGCGCCACGCUACAAAAGCGCGUGUGGCCGCUGGCAUUCGAAUUCAGGCCCAGUACCGCCGUCUGAAAGCCGCAACCCAAGCGAGGUCUGAAGUAUUUAGCUUGUUGGAGCAAGAGCUCACCCACACUGUUUUGACUGGUGAUAUCCAGAAUCAGGCUUUGCCUACGGUGCAGCUGCAGCAUUUCCUCAAGCAAUUUCUCUUUGCAAGGCCAGCGAUAUCAAAAAAUCAUGUGGCCGUUGACAGAUUACGCAAAGUACAGGACUAUUUGGUGUUUAUGUUACUUGUUAAUUGUUUGAAGGGCGAACGGGGAACAUCAUUUUUUGAAGUGGAGAAGGAUGCGUGCUGGGUGUAUCAAGCCGCAAGAAUGUGUGAGAUUUCUUUACAGACAUUAGUACAAGAGGAACUUAAAACUUCGGUAGCGAAUCCAGCGAUUGCUUCACAUCCGUACGUGUUACUCAUAGAAACAUUGACAAAUUUUUCCAAUUAUUCGACAUUUGAAGGACAGAAAGCACUCUCGAAUGUAUUGCAUCAUAUAAGUAUUACCCCAAGAUACGGGAUAUUUGAUGCCUUGAGAGCGUGCAUUGCCGAACAGGAGAGAGAAGGUGUAUCUCGUUUAGAAAGUGAUCAAUUGACUCAAAUUAUUGCAAAAAUUGCCGCUCAAGCGCUACAAUUAUCGAAUCAAGAUCAGCAGAUGCGACGGUCCAAGGUGUAUCAAACAUUUGCAAACAGAAUGCUACUUUCGCCUUCUGCAGCAACCUCUCCAAUACUGAGCUAUGUGACUACUACAUCAGCUGACAAAACAAAGACAGUAGGGUUAUUUUGGGCGUCUAUAUUACAACAUUUUUGUGGAAACCAUGACAUGACAGCGAUGCCAUGGCAGCAACGCGCAAUUGUAGUCGGAAACGUUGUCGAGCUAACAUCCAUGUGCUCGAUUGAUCGAGCACUUGUCGAAGUUGUCGCGAUAAUUUUGUCAGAAUUAGUGACUUUCUCGUUAGUCCAUUGGGCGUUUGGUCUUAAACAGUCGGAGCAAGAUUCGAUGGCAAUUGAUGAAGAUUUUGUUUCGGAUGAAGCAGAACUUCCGAUCAUCCCACCGACGUAUUUAACCAGUGGAAUUCUGACAUCGGAUGAAGAAGUACAGCGUGGUGCUGUCGCGUUAGGUGAAGCUGAGGCGCGCGUUCGUCUUCAGUGGCAGCUGAUUUGCCACUCUAACUUCAGCGCACGAUGCCUUGACACAUUAUUGCAUGGUAGUGAUGUACAAAUGAAUGUCGAUGAAAAUGCCGUAUCACGAUUUUGUCAGUUCCUGUGCACCUUGUUGCUGUCGACUGGAAGAUCUUAUGUAUUGAGCGUGGCAGCUAAAUUUGCAAAUCCACCUGUCGCUUUGUUUGCGCUCUUAAGCGCGAUGACCGUCGAAUUACAUACUGGCACCCCUGUCAAAACCACGAAUAAUAAUAGUUUGGUAUAUGGUGUGUGGCAGUGGAUGAAACCUAGGAUCGGCAACAUCGUACCGCAAUAUUCCACUGGAAUGCUUAUCAAUGAGCAGCUAGUGUUGACGACACCACAGCUACAAGUGCUGAUAGUCUUUAAUGUCGUCUAUAGUCACAUGCUUUUGGGUCUAGAUGAUGAAGCAUUUUACGACGGCAUUUGGCCGCUUGGUUUGACAGAAGUCCAAAUUGUCGUACCUUUUCUGAAAAAAUUUGUUUACGAUACUUGCUGGAUGACCAACACUACCAAUACUCUUCCAGCUAACAGCUUAAAUGAAAAAGAGCUGAUACUUUUUACGGCCGUUGUAUCAUCAAUAAAGCUUUUCAAUCAGCUGUACGACCGUGACUGCCGACGUCGCUUUAUGCCCGAUAGUGCGUGGUUGUGGCCUUCAAUGCCUGUUAUCAAGGAAAUUGUCGAUCUAGAAUUGAUGAAGGAAGAUGGUAAUCGCGAUGCACACGCGAUAUUCAUGCUAAUGAAUAAAAUGGCGUCGUCUCCUCAUGCCCGCGCAGCUCUUAUUCUCGUUACAAUCCCUCAAGUCUUAUCUUUCAAAGAGCGUGUCCAGCUGUUUCAGAAACUACUGGAAGACGGGAAGGCAAAACUAGGCAACAUUCGCGACGACUUCUCGCAAGUCUUGCAGGUGUGGGUGAAGCGUGACGAGAUUGUUUACGACAGUUUUGACUUUUUUCAGAAAGUGUGUGACUCGAUGUCUCCUGCAGCAUUGAAAAUGCGUGUUAAAGUAACAUUUAUCAAUGAACAAGGCUUAGAAGAAGCGGGAAUCGACGGCGGUGGAGUCUUUAAAGAAUAUAUGGACUGUCUCACGAAGAGCGCGUUUUCGCCUGAGUAUGGAUUUUUUUUGGAAACAGAGGAACACCUUCUGUAUCCAAAUCCCGGUGCACGUUACGUGGUGGAUUCACGGAAGGAGGCACUUGACCGUUAUCGCUUUCUUGGGCGCGUUUUAGCAAAGGCUGUCUAUGAAAAUAUUCUUGUUGAGCCACAAUUUGCAGCAUUCUUCUUAAACAAAUUGCUCGGCAAGUUUAAUUACAUCGAUGACUUACACUCGUUAGAUCCGGAGUUGUAUACAUCGCUAAUGCGUCUCAAACACUACGAUGGCAACGUGGAAGAUCUUGCGCUCACUUUCAGCGUGAAUGAGACGGUGUUUGGUGAGGUUUUGACACGAAACCUCAUUCCCGAUGGGGCCAAUAUUUCUGUCACGAACGCGAAUCGGAUCCGGUAUAUUCAUUUGAUGGCCAAUUUCAAACUUAAUGUGCAGUCAUCUCUAGAGAGUGCUGCAUUUUUAAAGGGCUUUCGUGAUUUGAUCCCAAGCACUUGGAUCCAAAUGUUUGCACCUGACGAAUUGCAGAUGCUAAUCGGUGGCACUGCCACGAAUAUUGAUAUCGACGAUUGGGAGCGUAAUACGGUGUACGGUGGUGGUUACCACCCAUCUCAACAAAUAAUUGAGUGGUUUUGGGAAAUUGUACGAAAAGAUUUUAAUGGAGAAGAUCGCACAGCACUACUUAAAUUUAUCACGAGCUGCUCUCGUCAACCAUUGUUGGGAUUUUCCAAAUUAGAACCGCGAAUUUGUAUCCAUCAAGUGCGUGUUGAAGACGAUGAGAGGCUGCCAUCGAGUGCCACAUGUAUGAAUCUGUUAAAGCUGCCAGCGUACUCAAACAAACAAGCCAUGCGCGAAAAGUUAUUUCGUACAGUUGGUAGCAAUCGCCGACUUCGUUCUUGGGCUUUGAUGAUUAUCGCUGUAAUUAUGGGAAUUGCUGGCUUAAGCUACAUGGUCACGCUGCAUAGAUCGUUGCUAUUCCACCAAGAAGCGAUUGUCAAGAUGCAGCAGCAAUUGGAUACAAUGCAUUCUUUGCUCGUGAUAAAGGACGACACGAUCUCAGAUAGCGGUCAUAUGGAGUUUCAAAAAUUUAAACACUUUCCGACCAAGUUUGCAGUCGAUUAUGUGACUCCUUUAAAGACACAAGAUGAACGUGGCACAUGUUGGGACUUUGCUACUGUAGGUGUGCUGGAGAACAGCUACCGACAGCAAGGAAUCGCGAACGGAUGGCUACAAGAAGAUGAAUAUAUGGCAAUCUCGGAACAAGCGUAUGGCGCUGAAGUUCUGCGACUUUGUGCUGGACCACCUGGAUCUCCACAACAAGUGGCGUGUUUGAUUCCAGGUAACGGUAUUUGGAAAAACACAACAGAGGGAGGUGAUGUGACGCUCCUUAUGUACCUCGUGAAUGGCUUAAAGCAUAACAUAUAUCCUUCUUCCAUCUGUCCCUAUUUUCCUGAUGAUGGCAAUGACACUGUAUGUGCUGGUUUAACUGCUGAAAAGCGUGAGCGAAACCCGUUAAGUUUGACAUUGAAGAGAAUGGAUACAUUUAUGGAUGAAACGGCAAUUAAGCGCGCGAUGAUAAAGUACCGUCAAGCCAUGUCGCUGACAACUGCAACACCAUAUACGACACACUAUUAUCCAUGCAUUGGUAAACUUUUAGAGCAAGAUCGAUGCAAUCCUGCAUCAGAUUCGUGUACACUUUGCCCUCCAAAUGUGGCGAUAACGACGUGUUGCAUUCCGAUCGAAAAGGGUGAAAGUUACAAUAUGGAAGGGGAGUUUAUAACAAGUUACGUCAUGAAUCCUGAAGGUGGUCACGUUAUGACUUUAGUAGGCUAUAAUGAUCUCUUUCGUACGAAGCAAGGAUAUACUGGAGGAUUCAUACUUAAGAACUCAUGGUUUGACGGUAUCCAUCCUGCGCUUGGGCCCAUGCACGCUCGUGGCAGUCAUAGUAUUAAAUACUGGAUGCAAGAAAUUACAGAUUGGGAGGAAGCAAGCAUGUGUCCUAACAGCUACAAUCCCGAAAACUGGUACCAGUGUGGCAACACCGCCGAAGUAAUUGAUGCAAAGCACCAAGGCGACCCUGGAAUGAACAUUCCAUUACGAAUGAAGCGCUCGAAGACUAUUGACGGUGGUGUGGGGUCUUGUCUGUCAGAGGAAACAAACAUGUAUGCAAAAGUGAGUCUGCAGCCGCUGCACCUGCGCUGCACAGACCCCAACUUUUGCGUAACAAAUGAAAACUUUACGUACUUCGUACGCAACACGACACAGUGGGGUGAUCACAUGCUACGCAUGUGUUUGUUUGAGUAUGAUACGAUGACGAAAAACUCGACAGAGUUAUGUCUGCCACCAAUGUUGACACAGAAAAUUGCGUACGUGCUAUCUCCCGUGCCGGAAGAAGUACGUGAGAAUGAUCCGGACGUGUGUGGCUUCUACUUCUAUCCGUACGAAGUGCAACAACAAUACAAGGCUCAAUUUGGUAACUUUUACGUGAACAAUUUUGAAAUUAAGUGGCAUGCACAAUCGUAUGCGGCGAACAAAAUGUUCUAUCCUGAUCUGGAUUACAGUGAAGUGGAGAAGUCGACGCGCAAGCAGAACCAAUAUCAAUUUCUUGGUCCGUUUCCAUUUGCUCAUAUCGUCGAUAAAAAGGAUCUUCCGAGCGUUUAG